UAUUGGCUUCCCCAGUCAAUUUUAAAUUUCUUCAACACAUACCAAAUACUUAUUCAUCUUGCCUUCUUCUUCCUGCUUUGUCUGCGCCUUCAAGAACACUAUUUAAUUUUUAAACCAAAACCUCACUAUAGAUUAUAGAAAGGAUCUUCUGUUUCUUCAUCUCGUUCAUCUUCUUCGAUUUUCACUUCCUUGAUCUUCUUCUUCUAUCUUCUGAGUCUCGGUUCGUCAUGGAAGUAGCACCUGAGUCCAUUGCAGCGAAUCCCUCUGAAGCGGAAAAGCAUGUUUAUUCGGUAUGGGCGAUCCCACCAGAUGACGUGAUCGUCAGGCUAAAGAAAUUGAUGGAUGGCCUGAGGUCGGAGUUCGGCGGACCCCAAUUUGAGCCCCACAUUACCGUUGUGGGGGCCGUCAGCUUGACACUUGAUGAUGCGGUAACCAAGUUCAGGUCCGCUUGUAAUGGGCUCCAGGGGUAUAACGCCACCGUUGAUCGUGUGGUCAUCGGGAUCUUCUCUCAGUGUAUUUAUUUGUUAAUUCAUCCCACGCCCGAGGUAGUGGAAGCUAAUAUACACUGCACCGGCUAUUUUGGUUAUAAUAAGAGCUCCACAAAUUACAUGCCUCAUAUGAGUCUCCUGUACGGGGAUCUGACAGAUGAGGAAAAGAAGAAGGCCCAAGAAAAAGCAAAUGUUCUAGAUGAGAGCAUUAACGGCCUUAGCUUCCCAAUAACUCGCCUAGCAUUGUAUGAGACGGACCCCAAGGACAAAACUCUCAAAUCCUGGGAGAAGGUUGCUGAAUGCAGUCUCAACCCCAAGUAGUUCAUUGUCUUCUCUGUGCUUGUUGCUAAUAAAGCUUGCUAUGCGCUCCUUUUGGCUGCCAUUGACUAUGUAGUUGGUGAGUCCUUUGCCACCACCAUCCUAUGUUUUCUUCUAAUGCUCGUACUCUGAUAUCCAUUAAUUUAUAUGGUGUUUACUUGUACACAGACACAGGUUUCAUUUAGAGACCAAUGCCAUUUGUCGCAGUUUGGUCUCUUUAGAAACUAAUAAGGAUAUUUUCAUUUAUAUACUGCAUACGUAGUAUUGCAUAUUAUGUAUGUUCAAACUCUGUAGCCUCUGCAUAAUAUGCGGAGAGGAUACUUUGGGUUUAGUCCUUGUCUGGUAUGCUAACAAUAAGGGACAAUCAUGAAAAAGGAACAACCGAGCGGCUUUGUUGUCGGGUUAAGAUAA